UGCAGUCAAGAGUUCAUUACAUUAGAAUGAACUCUUGGUACCUGCGCUGCAUGGAGUAAUUAAAAAAGUUAACACUAUGGAUUCUAAUUGGACAUGGAUUGCAGAGAAUGCCCCGCUCCUGGCUGCUUACUUGCCACUCAUUACUGCUCUACUAGUGAUUGUAGUCACGCUACUGGGAGUUCAAAGACUCCUAGUGAUCCUCACCAGGACAACUGGCUCAACACCUCCUGCCAAGAACACCACACGCUUCGAUAAAGGCGAACAUCCUCUCUCUGAAUUCGAUGAAGAAUUACCCGAUGAGUCUACAGCACCACCUCUGCACUCAGCCGAUACUCUACACAUUCCGUAUUGCCCCGAGCGAUUAUCAGAAGCUGAAAUGCUGUCUCGCUCAAAAGCUUACUAUGAAGAGAUGAAUAAACGUCGCUCUGUGCGUGAGUUCAGCACUGAUCCAGUCCCGUUGGAAGUGAUCGAGAAUAUCGUUAGGAUGGCAGGGACUUCCCCCUCUGGGGCCCACUGUGAGCCGUGGACUUUUGUGGUCGUCAAAGAUUCGAAGAUUAAAUCACAGAUCAGAGAAAUUGUUGAACAAGAAGAGUAUACGAAUUACGAUAGGAGAAUGGGUGACAAAUGGGUGUCUGAUUUGAAAUUUCUCAAUACUGAUCACGACAAGCAGUACCUUGAAGAAGCUCCUUAUCUGAUCAUUGUUAUGAAGCAACAAUAUCACCUAGGAGACAACGGUGUGCGAUACUCUCACUACUACUACGAAAUCAGCACAGCCAUUGCAGCAGGAUUCCUCUUAACGGCUAUACACAACGCUGGACUUGUUACAGUGACAACCACCCCACUGAAUGCAGGUGGUGCCCUGAGGGACCUGCUGGGUAGGCCUGCCAACGAGAAAGUGAUGUUGUUGCUACCUGUUGGAUACCCAGCUGGUGAUGCAAAGGUUCCUGGAGUGACGAGAAAGCCACUUGAAGAAAUAAUGGCUCUGAAAUGAACACAACACCAUAAUUUUGUUUUGCAGGUAUAAUAAAAAUUAAUUGAGUUUGUAAACAUGUAAGACGACUUUUUCCAAUAGUAAUGUUAAUUUUGUUUGGACAUAACAUUUUUUUUAUAAGGUUUGAGCGUAGAUUGAAUAGUAUUGGGACCAGUCUGAUACUGUAUCCUGAGAUCCUUGUAAUUGUCUGUGAAGCCUAUUUGAGUUCCAUGCAUUAUCAUUAAAAAGUUUAAA